AUGUUUCAGACAGUAAACCAUCUAACAAAUUUAAGUCUUUUAAAGGCUGUUUCUUCUAGUAGUAAUAGUGAUAUUAAUAAUUUUGGUACAUCUAUUAAGGAUGUCACUGCUACUAAUAUUAUCAAUAGUAGCAUUAAUAAUAAAAUCGAAAAUAACAAUGACAUUAAUAUAGAAGACACUAGUAAUUAUAGCCGAAGAAAUUCAAUAAUAACAAUGCCGAAGAAAUUCAAUAAUAACAAUGGUAAUAUUAAUAAUAACAAUAGUAAUAGUAAUAUCAAUAACAAUAAUUUAUCAGAUACCAUCACAUCAAAAUUUCAAUAUAAAGCCCUUGAAAAUGUUAUUAAUGAGUGUUUGAAAGAUCUUUAA